AUGAAAAGUCGACUGACUUUGUUGCUGACGCUGCCCCUCUUCCAAACAAAAAUCCACUUCCUCGAGGAAUUCGACGAUGAGUCGUGGCGGGACCGGUGGAUUCAGUCGCAAUUCCCGAAAAAUUAUGGAACGUGGAAUUUGUCAUCGGGCGUCUACCAUGACGAUGCGGCCCGUGAUCAGGGCAUCAAAACGAUGACGGCGAGUUUUUGGAAAUAUAACAGCAGCUUCUACACGAUAUCCGCCACUUUCCCCAGGUUUUCAAACCGAAAAACUUCGCUAAUCGUCCAGUUUACUGUCAAGCACGAGCAGGAGCUGGAUUGUGGUGGCGGCUACAUAAAGAUAAUGCCCUCAACCAUUGAUCAGCACCAGUUCAACGAUAAAACCCCGUAUCACGUCAUGUUCGGGCCGGACAUCUGCAACUCGCGCAAGGAUUUGCAGGUAAUCAUCAACCAACAUGGGCGCCAAUAUCCGCUCAAGGAAAUCCUGCGGUGUGCGUGGGACGAUCUCACGCAUCUCUACACACUUAUCCUAAACCCAAACGGAACCUACGAAGUGCGCACCGAUUGGCUGAGGAUGGGCACCGGAUAUGUUGAAGAAGACUUUGAUCUGGACUGGGAUUGGGUAAAAUCCGGCUCGAUCUUUGACAACAUCUUGAUCACCGACGAUCUAGAAGAAGCCCGGCAACACGCUAAGAAGACGUUCGAGCCUUUACGGCGUGCCGAACGCACCCAACGUGACGAAGCCUUCAAAAAGUUCCGCACAGAACGCCACGAAGAGAUACGCCAACAAGGCGGAGAAGUGAAGCGCCGUGGAUGGGCCCAGAAAGCGAAGCGACACGGUGAAGAGCUG